CAUUUUGAGUUGAAUGGGAUUGAACCCGGGCCGCUGAGAUUUCAUUAGCAAAAAAGUCUACGGCGAAGUGUUAGCUUCCGGCUAAUUUAAUUUAAAUAACUAUUCCGUUUUAGUACAAAACUUUUUACCGACGGCCUUAUUUUUAUUUUAUAUCAAUAUGAAUAAAAAUAACAUUAAAAUGCAAAUUCAGUACCCAAACGCAUAUCGCGAUGAAGCUGUGGUGGACGAUUACCAUGGACAGAAGGUUCCUGACCCGUACAGCUGGCUGGAGGAUCCGGACAGCGAGAAAACACAGGCGUUUGUGAACGCGCAGAACCAGCUGACGUUGCCCUUCCUGGAGGACUGUCCAAUCAGAGAGGCUUUUAAAGCGCGCAUGACCGAGCUCUAUGAUUACCCGAAAUACAGCUGCCCCUUCAAACGGGGUAACAGGUAUUUUCACUUCUUUAAUACGGGCUUACAGAACCAAAACGUUCUCUACGUGCAGGAGAACCUCGAGGCAGAACCCAGGGUGUUCCUCGAUCCCAAUACGUUCUCAGACGAUGGAACUGUAGCGUUACAAGGUUACGCGUUCUCGGAGGACGGCGAGCACCUGGCGUACGGUGUGAGCGCGAGCGGUUCCGACUGGGUGGAGUUCCGGUUCCUGCGUGUCGACGGAGCCGUGGCUCUGGAGGACCGGCUCGAGAGGGUCAAGUUCAGCUGCAUGGCCUGGACUCACGACGGAAAAGGCCUCUUUUACAACUCGUAUCCAGAGCAGGAGGGAAAGAGCGAUGGGACGGAGACGUCCACGAACCUGAAUCAGAAGCUGUACUAUCACGUGUUGGGGACUCCGCAGUCCCAGGAUGUUCUGUGUGCCGAGUUCCCUGACCAGCCCAAGUGGAUGAGUGGAGCUGAGGUGUCUGACGAUGGCCGCUACGUGUUGCUGUCCAUCAGAGAAGGCUGUGACCCGGUGAACAGGCUGUGGUACUGCGACCUCAACACCGUCACAGACGGCAUCACAGGGUUGUUGCCGUGGGUGAAGCUGAUCGACAACUUUGACGCCGAGUACGAGUACGUGACGAACGAGGGCACCGUGUUUACUUUCAAAACGAACCUGGACGCUCCGCGCUACCGUCUCAUCAACGUGGACUUCGCUCGGCCGGCCCCCGGUCAGUGGAAGGAGCUCAUCCCGCAGCACGAUAAAGACGUCCUCGUGUUUGCUACAUGCACGUACUCCAGCUUCUUGUGUGUGUGUUACCUCCACGACGUGAAGAGCGUGCUGAAGAUGCACCAGCUGGCGUCGGGGGAGGAGCUGAAGACCUUCCCACUGGAGGUGGGCUCCAUCGUGGGCUUCACUGGCCGAAAGAAGGAUUCCGAGAUCUUCUACUACUUCACCUCUUUCCUCUCUCCAGCCAUCAUCUACCACUGCGACCUCACCAAAACUCCUCUACAACCGCACAUCUUCAGGGAGGUCCAAGUGAAGGGCUUCGAUCCUACAGAGUACCAGACCACACAGGUGUUCUACCCCAGUACAGACGGCACACAGAUCCCCAUGUUCAUCGUGCACAAGAAGGGCCUCCAGCUGGACAGCUCACACCCAGCCUUCCUCUACGGCUACGGAGGAUUCAACAUCUCCAUCACACCCAGCUACAGUGUUUCCAGGCUCAUCUUUGUGAGGCAUUUGGGAGGAGUUUUAGCCGUGGCCAACAUCAGAGGAGGAGGGGAGUACGGGGAAACGUGGCACAAAGCGGGGAUGUUGGAGAACAAGCAGAACUGUUUCACUGAUUUUCAGUGUGCAGCAGAGUAUCUGAUAAAGGAGGGCUACACCUCUGCAAACAAACUCACCAUCAAUGGAGGCUCCAACGGAGGCCUGCUAGUGGGGGCGUGUGUGAAUCAGAGGCCUGACCUGUUUGGAUGUGCAGUAGCUCAAGUUGGUGUGAUGGACAUGCUCAAGUUCCAUAAGUUCACCAUCGGCCACGCCUGGACCACCGACUUCGGCUGUUCUGAAAUUAAGGAGCAGUUUGACUGGCUUAUCAAGUAUUCUCCUCUGCACAACAUCCGGAUCCCCGAGGGCGACGGCGUGCAAUACCCAGCUGUGCUGCUGUUGACCGGUGACCAUGAUGACCGUGUGGUUCCUCUGCACUCUCUGAAGUACAUCGCCACCCUGCAGCACAUGAUCGGUCGCUGGCCCGGCCAAUCAAACCCUCUCUUCAUCUACGUGGACACGAAGUCGGGCCACGGGGCGGGAAAACCCACCAGCAAGGUGAUCCAGGAAGUGGCAGAUACGUACGCCUUCAUCGCCCGCAGCCUGGACCUCCACUGGAUCGAUUAAAACACACACACACACACACACACACACACACACACACACACACACAGCUGCUAAUUCACUGGCUAGCGCUCUCUCUCUGUCCCUCCAUCCCACACUCUCUCCUUUUCUCCUUCCUCUUCCUCCCCUCAUUUCCCCCUCCCUUUUCCUUUCAGUCCCUUCUUCUCUUUACCUUCACCCCUCCCCUUUUCUUCUUCUUCCCGCCUUCUUGCUCUCCCUCCUUCCCUCCCGUUCAUUCUAUUUCCUGCUGUCUUUUCCUCUCUCCAUCAUCCCUUCCUCCUGUGCUCUUUCCCCAUCAAUCCCUUCUUCUCUAUCUUCCUCCCUCUCCAUUUUCUUAGUCUUUCUUCCUCCCGUCUUUUCUUUGUCCUCACGGGUUCUCUCCACCUUCCCUCUCUUUCCGUCUUUCUUUCGCUCUCCCUUUCUUCCUCCUGUUCUUUGCCUAUCUGCCUUUUCCUCCGUUCCUCUCCCUGUUUCUCUCUUUCUCUCUCUUCCUCCAUCCUUUCCUUUUUACUCCUUCUCUCCACACCCUGUAACAUUUCACUCCUCAAUAAGCCUUAAUUGUCCUCACUCACUCACUCACUCACUCUCUCACACUCUCUCACACUCACUCUCAGCGUGUUAAUGAUUUACAUCACUCACAUUUCACUCCUGUUUUCCGGGACGUUCCCUCGAUGCUCGUGGCCUCUGAAACAUUUUGUACAGACUCUUUAUUUAUUAGCAGGUUCAAUACAAAUCAGUAAUUCUUUAAAUGAUUAACCGCACAGUAUACGAGUGAGAGUGUGUGUGUGUGUAUGUGUGUGUGUGUGUGAGUGAGUGUAUUAAAAUGUCAUAUACAUGUAUAUUCACUGGCUGCUUCUACCUCCAAACUUAUGCAGAUUGUUUUUACCUUUUCAAGGGAAUAAAUGUCCACGAAACAUGAAAUAAAGAACUGGUGUAAUAAACAGGAUGAUGUUUGGAA